GCGUUGAGGAGAUACUUGUGUUUCAACUCUAGAGGCAAGGAUUGCACAUUGAUAACACAGAGAGCAAAAAUCAUUUGUCCAUCCAAAGCUUUCUAUUUUGCUCCACAAAAAGAUGCAUCUCGCAAUCCAUAAUUCAUAAGCGAAAAUCACAAGAGGGAACAUCAACACUUAUCAAACAUGAUUAACUAUGUAUCUUGUAUCACAAAUUGAAUUUGGCUCUGUAUGGAUGCGUGGAUGUUAGACAGCAAUCACCAGAAAUCCGGAGGCAGUUAUGUGACACAAGCAGGAAAAUGAGUAAGAGUUGGAGAGUUGAAGCCUCUCAGUGUUAAUGAAAACAAUAAAAUCCUCUGUUGGAAUCAUCAGAUAAGAUAUGGCCAUUUAUUGUCCACAAACAAAAGGCAAAAAUAAAAAUAUUACAAUAACAAAGACUUCUGAUUUUUUAUUUUAUUUGUUUUGUGGACAUAACAUAGUGCCUUGUUAAAGUACUCAUACUCCUUUAAAUGUGCCUGAUCAUACCAAAGCCAUAACUUUUCCUGUGUUUUAUUGGAAUUUUAUGUGAUAACCAGCAGAAUGUACCAAAUACUGUAACUGUGAAGUCUGAGGAAAAUUAUUCUGUGUAGAUCUCAGACAGUUUAUUCAAGAACAUAAGUAAACAAUUUCUAUCAGAAGACAAAUGAACAAAGCAAACUGGUUCAGGAUAAAGUUGUGAAAUCAAUGUUAGUUUGAUUCAUUGUUAAGUUUAUAUGACAACAACCCAAGUUUUAAACAUCUCAAUGAGGACUGCUUAUUCCAUCAUCUGUAAGUGGGAAGAAUGUGAUACAAAUACAGACCUAAUAUAUUGCAAUCCUGGCUGCCUGUUUCAGAUGCAGUCAUGUUCCAACACACCUGAAUCAAAUACCUGACUUAAGUCAGGCGACCAACCAUUGAAAAGUCUAAAAAAAUGUAGGAUGUCAGCCCAUGACCUAACUGAAAGGCUUGGCAUUAGAGAAAGAGUCAAGAGGUCCCUAGUAACCUAUUGGCAGGUGGGAUAAGGUAUUGAUAGAACAAAUGUCAGUCCUCCAAUCUACAAUACCUUUAUUGUUAUAAAACAAUAAAGGCAUUGUUUUAUUUAAAUAAAGACAAUUUAACAUUUGCAUUUUGAAGAAAAUGGAACAUGUGAGCUCUUUUUUUUUUUCUUUUGGCCUAAGAAGACUAACAGUACUUGUGAAACCAGUCGUCUCCACAGUCAGUCAAACGGGGUUCUUGUCCUGCAUGUUUCAGAUAUUUAGACAUGGACAUGAAAAUGCCAACAACCACCUGACUGAACAUGGGGAAAAGAAAUAGAAACGUGUGCCCUCCCUACCCUGCCUUUUCUAAUGCUGCCCUGGGCAACUGCCCAUAUGGCCAUUUUAAAAAAACAACCACUGUUUUCAAUACACCCUAAUCAAAUGAAUGGCUCACUACCAUCCUCCUUUCAUCCUUCUGAUGAAAGCCAUUAACUCAGAGAGACUGAACUCAAAUUCAUGUCGCACUUUUUCACAGAUUUAUAUAUGUCUUUUUUUUUCUAAAGUCAUGUACUAUUUUCCUUACACUUGAGGAACAUGGUCUACUAUAUGCUGGUCUAUGAGAUAAAAUACAGUUAGAUAGCAUACACUAAAUUUUGUUAUAUUGUGAUCAAUUAUGGGAUAUAAAUACUUUUCAAGGCACUGCGUAUUGUCCUACAGAACACAUCUUCUCUAGUAAGAGGACCAAGAAGUCCUGCAACAGAUGGUAUUUCCCACCCCACCCCUGGUUCCCCCAGGGCCCAUAUAUCAACAACAUAGUUAGUCUGGGAUUAGAUGAAAGAGCAGAAGUUGCUGCAUAGUCUAAAUCCACAGAGGAACUGUGGUAAGAUCUCCAUGAUGCUUGGAACAACCUUCUGGCCAACAAACCUAAUGAGCUGUGUGUUGAUUAAUAGGCAAGUACAUGCUGAGCCAAACACUGACCUGAUUUAUGCUGCCAUUUGAAGACUUGUAAAGCCUUCAAAAUGUUCUUAAUCUGUAUAAGUAUGACCUCAAAAUUUCAUCAUUCAUUUGUGACAUCCCACAAAGCAAAUCACCAUAUUGCAAUAUUGCAUUGGAUAAAAUACAACAUGUCAGAGGUCAGAUGUGAAAAAAUGGGGUAAAACAUUUGCGAUUAUAUCUCUUUGUGAUUCCUUAAAGCUAUCUUGGAGAAAUACAGACAAAUGCAGACCUAUUUUCUCAUUUUAUAGAAUACUUCAUUAUGGUGGUAUGAUUACUAAUUUGUUUCUCCAAAAUUGAUGGUAACCUGUCUUGUCCCAGAAGUUGCUAAAACAGGCAGUUUCCAGUUUUGGCAACUUCAGGAAUGUUGCCAAAGUUGGGAUAAAUUGUCAAGCUAGAGUGUAGUGGUUUCUUCUCUUCAAAUAAAAACUUUAUGACAAAACAAAUCCCUAAAAAUAUUUUCCAACAGUUCUCCAGUUUGUCCAUGUGAACCUCAUUCGAACAUUCUGCAGGUGGCCUGCAGAGGCAUAUCUGGUGAGCAGCAGUUUUAUACUGUGCAGUUAAAACUGUUCCGGUUGGUUGCCAAGCAGAUUGUGAACCCAUUGACAUCAAUCAUUAUUAAAGGUUGAGUUUAUAUAGCUAAUCUUGAAUUUUCACAGUUUGUGGUUUGUUUGGACAGAAACAACUAUUUUAUUAUUUUUUUAAAACUCUGGGGAUUUGUUUUGUUCAAAUAAAAUUAAAAAUACACCCUUCUCAAUCUUUUGUAUAGAUAUAGAUAUGUCAUAUUUGUCCUACAAUACAUUUAUCUUGACUCAUCUCUAUUAACUCUAAAUAAGUCUGUACGUUUAUUUCUAUCUCUUGAAUUCUCUCAAAUACUUACAAAUUGUUUAUCAAGAAGUAUCACAUUCGAUUUUUGACUAUAUUUCUUUCUUUCUUUGUUUUAAUGAUCUUCAUGUGGUAAAGGGAAUCGGUCAAAAUAUAAUGACACAGCACCAUAAUUGUUCAUUAAACCUUUAAAGUCUAGGUCAUUUUGUUAAAUAAACUUAAGUUUAACUGAAAACUAAAAAAUAGACAUGACACAAUAAGGAUGAUCUCCAAUACUUGGAACAUUGUAGAUAUUUAAUAUAUUUUUUGAUGAUGCAUUCAAAUGUUAAACCCCAAGACUAUAAUGUAAAAUAGCAUAAUUGUCUUCAUAAAAGAAGAUGAAAUAGUUAUUAUAUCAGACAUGAUUUGCAGAGGCAUAUUGUAUAUAAAGCAUACAAUGAUUCUAAAGGCUCACUUUUUCCCAGAAAACCCUUAAAAUAAAUAGAAGAGGUUCUUAGAUUGUAGUUCUCUUGUCUUUCCAAUUUUGAAUGGUGUGUCAGAUAGAUAGAUAUAAAUAGAUAGAUUUGUUUUGUUUUUUUAAAUUCUUCUAUGCAACUGCAUUAAAAUGUAACUUGUGUGACUUUGCUGAAACACAGCAAAUAUAGUAAUAUUCACCUAUAGCUCUUCACUAAAAAAAAGGCUCUCAGGUGAUAUAUUACACUCUAGUUGCUCAAUCAUGCAAGGCAGGUAGGUUGCUUCUCCUCACUAACCACCCACCCAUAUAUGCAUGCCUGCCCUCUUGGCUUCUUACAGCUCAGCUCCCUCCGCCCCCCCUCAGGCAUCCAGCCCCAUCCUUUUACUACUGACAUACAUCUGAGCAGGACCCCCGCACCUUUUGUGCUGGGCUCCUUUUCUUUUGUUAGCUGGUCACAGCAGUAGCCCGCAGGAGCACAUCAGCCAUGUUUUUUUUUUUUUUUUGUGAUUGGAGCAAGGGGCAUAAAAUAAGAAAAAAAAAAUUGAGAUUAUUAUUAAUUGAUUAUUUAGAAUAACCCUUUUGGUAAAUGUGGUUGUGUUUACAAAUAGCUGAAAAAGUCUUUUUCUGUCUUACUAAAUACGUUUUUUAAUAUAUAUAUAUUUAUUUUUAUUUAUGUAUUUGUGGAAAUAUCUAUAUUCUUAUGUAUGGCGUGAAGCUGCAGCAUCACCAAGGUGAACUGCAGAUAACCUCAUGACGUUGCGCACAUAGUAUUGCCUGCCUAUAUAAAAUUCACGGUGGCCGCGUGUAUCUGCUGGUGCUCUGAGCCGCUGAUAAGGCUUUGCAGAUCAUCUGACUUCAGUCUAGAUGAAGGAUGAGCUUCUCGGGCAUAGACAUUGUCCAUCCUGCUGAUGCUCUCUCCUCGUCUCAUCGUAAACUCUUGUGCACCCUCUGGUGCUUGCUAGUCUCCCAAACUUCUUUGUGUAGCCUGCUUUGCAGAUUGUCUUCCUUGUCUGUGUGGUUGCUCAUUAUUCAGAGACAGACGGAUCUCAGGUCAUCUGCAGCUGCAGCGAAGGAGAAGCAGGAAAGAUGGCGAUCAUCCAUUAGACCGACCGGGCGCACGCAUGAAAUACGAGGACAACUUUCGGGAGGAUCGCUCGAGGAGAAGAUUGUACCAGUUUCCCUGAUUUUUCCAGGGAGUUCUCCCCCUUUUCAGUGAUGGAGGGGUUGCAGUGUGAUGGCUGUGACUUCCGUGCCGAGUCAUACGAGGACUUGAAGACACACAUUCAGGAAGUACACACUGUUUUCCUGCAGCCAUCAGACGCAGAUGAGUCGGACUCCCUGAGAGGAGAGGAUGAAGAGGAAGAGGAGGAGAAUGGGGAUAAGGAAGACAAGGAUGACAAAGAUUACACGCCUCCUAAAGCUGGAAUAAGUCCCAACUCUUCUGAAGGACCCAACAAAACGUCACAGAAACCAACUACUGAAACCCAUCUCCCUUUUUACCAAUGCCAGUUCUGCGUCCGUUACUUUCGGUCAAAGUCGUUCUUGAGAAAUCACACCAAAAAGGUCCAUAAUGUCAGAGAGGAAAAAUCAGAUCCAAAAGUCUCCUCAGACAAAGCUAAGCAGGCCAGUUACACUGUAAUAAUGCACAACGAUCAUUCAAAAGUGUAUUCCUGUCAGUAUUGCACAUACAAGUCUCCCCGCAAAGCAAGGAUCUUAAAACACCAACUAAUGUAUCAUAACAAAGUUCCCUCUAGUAGUAGCAAAGCUCAACCGGGCACAGAGGCUGAGGAGGAAUCUGAAGCAGGUGCGGAACUCAUCAAGGGAACAUUUCCCUGCGAAUGGUGUGACUACCAGACUGACCAGAAGGACAGCUGGACUGACCAUGUGGUAAAGGAGCACAGUGAUAAGGUGAAGAUCGUUUCCGGCCCUGAAAAUCUAGAAGGAGAACCAAGUGCAAGCUCACCCAAGCCCAGCUCUCCAGCCUCUUCCUCUAGCCCAACAAGAUCAAAUGUGAUUUUCACCGGAAAGGAAGAUUCGGUGGAAAAACCAGAACAAAUGGUGGAAAAGUCAUUUGCAGAAAUCUCAUCCAUUCAAUACGCACAGAUUAGUGCAGUCACUCCCAACAGCACCGGUUCUUCUAUUUUGUCAAAAAGAUUCGCCUCCGCUGAUGUCUCCAACAGUGUACCACAUGUGGACACCAACAUGGUCAAUGAGGAUGACUCCAGGAGCAGUUUGGAGGACGACGACGACGACGAAGAAGAAGUGGGUGAUAUAGAUGAUCCCAGCUAUACGGGAAUCCUCUCCGCAGAUGCAAAGCAACUGUUAACAGAUGGUGAUAAUAAACUACUGGAAACUAAAGGAAUCCCAUUCAGAAGGUACAUGAACCGAUUCCAGUGCCCCUUCUGCUCCUUUCUUACGAUGCACAGGCGGAGCAUCUCCCGCCACAUUGAAAACAUUCACCUCUCUGGCAAAACAACAGUGUACAAAUGCGACGAAUGCCCCUUUAUUUGCACCAGCCCUUUGAAGCUCGGCACGCACAAGCAGAGCCACAAUCCCUCAGAUUUAGAGACAUUGGACCUUACUGGGGAUAGCCCGGAGCCUCAGAACGAUGGUGCCACAGAGCCGCUUAACGGGGGCAAUAUAAGCUCCAAAGUAAACGGGAAGAAGCCAACCAGCACAUCUAAUGACCAGCAGAACCCUCAUCGCUGCACUCUCUGCAGCUUCUCUACCACCACUCUAAAAGGUCUGAGAGUCCACCAGCAGCACAAGCACUCCUACUGUGAUGACCUCGAUUCCACUGUCUUUGAAACCCAGACGAGUGACCAGCCAGACACUGAAGUGGAAGCUUCUCCAGUGUUUCUGCAAAAAACCCAGACAUCCAUAUUGGGAUCCACCACCAAGAAAACAUUAGUUGCAGGAAAAAGAGCCAGGAAGUCCAUAAAUGACCUUCCUUUGGAUCUGUCCUCUGUCAAAAAGAGAACUAGAAUUGAUGAGAUUGCCAGUAACCUUCAAAGCAAAAUAAGCCAAAGCCAGCAGGACAUGAUCAUUAACCUGGAUGACAUGGAUGAUGAAUACAAUGGGGAAAAUAAUGGCAGUGGAGACGAGAGUAAAAACGACAACAGAAACCCAGUCUUUGCUUACAACACGCAUCUGUUUAAUCAAGAAUCCUCAGUCUCUCAAGAAGUAGGCAGAAUAGGGAAAAGAAAAAACAACCCCAAGUUAAAACAGAGAAACAUUCCAAUAUCUCUGACUCUGUCUGAUGACGGUGAAAACACUUCUGCUGAUCCCAGUGACAGCACCAUCCACGAGAACAUGGAUUAUUCAGAUGAUUCUGGAACCAUGCGCUUCUACUGUAAACACUGUGAAUACCACAACAAAUCAGCUCGAAGUGUCAGCACUCACUAUCAGAGGAUGCACCCUUAUAUCAAGUUCAGCUUUAAGUAUAUCCUGGAUCCUGAAGACCAGAGUGCAGUUUUCCGUUGUUUAGAGUGCUACAUUGAAUACACAAAUUACAAUGACUUACACCAACACUACAUGGAUCACCAUCCGGAAGCAAGCAACGUGCUUAAUUUUAACCAACCACAUCUUUUGUACAUGUGCCGCUUUUGCUCAUACACAAGCCCCAACGUCAGGAGUCUGAUGCCUCAUUACCAAAGAAUGCAUCCCACCGUGAAAAUCAACAAUGCCAUGAUCUUCUCCAGCUACAUUGUAGAGCAAAGUCACAAGACCAGUGAAUCGCAAACCCUUAGAGAGAUAUUAAACUCUGGCCCCAAAAGUUUUAACUCAUCUUCUUCAGUGCCCAGGUCCUCCUCAAGCCCUGUGCCAAAAACAGCUCCAAAGUCUCCAGAGGCCAGUGCUGAGACAGAAUCUCUAAAAGAAACCAUCAGCAAUGUGGUUGUCUAUGACUGUGAUGUAUGCUCCUUUUCCAGUGCCAACAUGCACUCAGUGUUGGUCCACUACCAAAAGAAACACCCAGAGCAAAAGGCAUCUUAUUUCCGUAUACAAAAAACAAUGAAGGUGGUGUCAGUUGAUCCGUCACAUCCCUUAGCAAACUCCUCCUUCAGCCCUGCCAUCUCCAGCACUCCAAAACAAUCCAAUGUAACUCCAUCUGUGUAUGGAUCAGAUGAAGAAAUGUACUACUGUAAACACUGCGUGUACAGCAACAAGUCUGUGGUUGGUGUGCUGGUCCAUUACCAAAAAAGACACCCAGAAGUGAAAGUGACAGCUAAAUACAUCAAGCAUGGUCCUCCCACUCCUGGUCUAAUGAAAUUAAUGGAUGAACUGCAAAUUGCUGCUCCCAAGCAAUUUUUGAAGCAGUUUCAAAAUAAUGGCCACGAUGGCUCGAAAAACUCCAAACAAGGUGGUGGUGAAAAAGGGGAAGAAGAACUGUUCUUUUGCCAGCAUUGUGAUUAUGGUAACCGGACUGUAAAAGGAGUGCUUAUCCACUAUCAGAAAAAGCACAGGGAAACCAAGGCCAACGCCGACCUGGUGCGUCGUCACACUGCAGUGGUGAGGAGCCAGCGCGAACGAGCACAGAUGGUCCAGUCUAGCAGUACUUCCUGUACUGCGAUCUCGGCUUCUGCUGAUCAUGAAAAUGCCACACCUAUGCGUUCCCUUAAGUGCAGACACUGUCCAUAUACAACCCCCUAUGUUUACGCCCUAAAGAAGCAUCUGAAGAAGGAGCACCCUACUGUUAAAGCAACAGCCAUGACCAUUUUACAUUGGGCUUACCAAGAUGGCAUUUUGGAGGCAGGUUAUCACUGUGAGUGGUGCAUCUAUUCUCAUGCUGAUCCCCAGGGCCUUUUGCUUCACUACCAAAGACGCCAUCCUGAGCAUAAUGUUGAUUAUGCAUACAUGGCCAGCAAGCUUUGGGCAGGGCCAGAAACCACCCAGCAAGGAAAUACGGACACAAAACAUUACAAAUGUAAAGAUUGUGCCUUUGAGGCUUGCUCUAUAUGGGACAUUACAAGUCACUACCAGGCCGUCCACCCCUGGGCUAUCAAAGAGGAUGAAUCUGUGCUUUUGGAUAUCAUCAAAGGUGAUGGCACUGUUGAAAGUUUCCAGCAGCAGGUCACAAAGGAGCAUGGACUUCUGAAUUGCCAGUCUGAUGAAGGAGUACUAGUUAUUGCCACCCCACCUCAAGAAACCCAUUCUCACCCACGCCUUUCUAUUUCUAACAAUCCUUAUCAAUGUACUGUGUGUCUGUCAGAGUACAACAGCCUCCAUGGCCUCCUCACUCACUAUGGCAAGAAGCACCCGGGCAUGAAAGUAAAAGCUGCAGAUUUUGCACAAGAGGCAGACAUCAACCCCAGCUCUGUUUAUAAAUGCCGGCACUGUCCAUAUGUAAACUCCCGCAUUCACGGAGUCCUAACUCACUAUCAGAAACGACAUCCCUUGGUGAAGGUCACCGCCGAGGACUUUGCAGAUGAUAUAGAGCAAAUCUCAGAAUUGCACGAAGGAGACGACAAGUUCAAAACUCAGAGGCAGGGCUACGGUGCCUACAGAUGCAAAAUGUGUCCAUACACCCAUGGGACACUUGAGAAACUUAAAAUCCAUUAUGAGAAAUAUCACAAUCAGUCGGCCUCAGAUAUGUUCACACCCUCUCUGAGUAAUUUUGCCUCCUUCAGAGAAACAGAGCCAAUGGCUGAAUGCAGCAGCAGUAAUAUGUCAAGCACUGCUAAAGUCCAGGAGGUGAGUGAGUUGGACUUUGCCCUUUCUCAGUUACCCAUCAAUAAGCCAGAGAAACAUGCUGUAUUCAAGUGUCAGCUUUGCAAGUACUUCUGCUCCACAAGGAAAGGCAUUGCUCGCCACUACCGCAUCAAGCACAACAAUGUGCGCGCUCAACCUGAGGGUAAAAACAAUGUCUUUAAAUGUGCGUUGUGCUCUUACACAAACCCUAUCCGCAAAGGCCUGGCUGCACACUACCAAAAGCGCCACGAUAUUGAUGCCUAUUACACUCAUUGCCUGGCUGCCUCCAAGACGAUGAGCGACAAGCCCACCAAAGUGAUUGCUCAGCCGCCAUCAGAUGGGGAGUGCUCAGAAAUGAGCGAAGAGCUGCGUUUGGCGGUGGAGAGGCGGCGAUGUAACCUCUGCGGAUUCCAGGCCUUCAGCAGGAAGAGCAUUGUUUCGCACUACAUAAAACGCCAUCCUGGUGUCUUCCCCAAGAAGCAGCAUUCCAGCAAACUUGGCCGCUACUUCACCGUUAUUUACGCUAAGGAGGCUGAGAAGGCUGAGGAAGGCGUGCCAGACGAAGAGGACAAAGAAAUGUUGGAGGUCCCGCUACAGCCAGAGGAGGACGGUGAUGAUGACUGGCUUCCUUUCAAGUGUCUGAAAUGCUACCGCUUGUCCUUUAGCACGGGGCAGCUGCUAUCUAUGCACUACAACGACCAUCACAGCAUAGACCUUAAGAGGGAUUUUUUGGUGUCAUCUACCCCUGAGGAUGAGGAGUCUGAGUUAUACGAAUGCUCCCACUGUGAAUUGAAGUUUACGGGUCUACCUGACCUGGCUGAUCAUCUACUGCAGCACAACGAGGAGUUUGAGAAGAGAGUUAUGAGACUGGAGAGAAAGAAGCAGGUUCUUGGCAAGCAGAAAGGAACAGAGCCGCCGGAUAAUAAACAUGAGAAGGAAAGCCUUGCAAAUAAAACCCCCAUAGGAUUCAGGUGCAACUUCUGCGUGGAGAUCCACCCGACCCUCCGAGCCAUCUGUAACCACCUUAGGAAGCACGUCCAGUAUGGAGAAGCCAAACGGGGUCGUGUCAAGGAAGUCACUGACGUACCCCUGACCGUGCCCUCAAACACUCUAACCAAUGGCGUCCUGGAGGAGGAUGAAGCAGCCGAAGUCGACCACACCGACAGACCCGAAACCUCAUCGUUCAUCCCCCCGUUUUCAAAUCGUUCCACCGAUCAGAACGUUGAUGACGUUGAUAUGGAGACCCUGGAUCCCAACGCGGAGGUUGAGGGAAGAGCGGCCACCCUCGUGGCUGCCGCCAGAGCCACAGUGUCAGGGACCCAGUUGAAUCACCGGCUGGCAACCGGGGGUCACGCGUGCUCCCAAUGCGACCGGGUCUUCAUGUCCAUGCAGGGACUGAGGUCCCACGAGAGGAGCCAUUCGGCCAUGGCUUUGUUCAACAAAGAGGACAAAUACAGCUGUCAGUACUGCCAUUUCGUCUCACCCUUCAGACACAACCUGGACAGACAUGUGCAGUCUCACCAUGGCCACCACAAGCCGUUCAAGUGCAAGUUCUGCCCCUUUAAGUCUGCCUACGCGAGUCGCUUGAAGAGCCACCUGCAUAAGGCCCACACAGGUGAGCAGUACACAUACAAGUGCUUAUCCUGCCCAUUCUCCUCUAUGACCAUCAGCCAGCUGAAGGAGCAUUCUCUGACGGACCACGGCGAGGUUCUGACCCUCCAUAAACUCCGAGCUGCCACCCAGGCUGCGCACGCUGCUAUCAGGCUCCCCCGACAGCCUGCGCACACUGACCAUUCUCAUCUGACCACAGAUGAUCCGUCAGAUCUGGAGCCAGCUGAUGUUUGUGAGGAACUCACUCGCUACAAGCUGGCUUCCCGGAGUCAGAUGUCUUUAAACUUUCAACCCGGCGGCUCCACGCCGUGCGGCAUGCUCACAUGCGAGUUCUGCGAGUUCAGCUCCGGAUACAUGCAGAGUCUGCGGCGGCACUACAGGGACCGCCACGGCGGCAAGAAGCUCUUCAAGUGCAAAGACUGCUCCUUUUUCACCUGCUGCAAGGAUAACUUUUCACUGCAUGUCGAGGCUGGUCACAACAACAGUGGAAGCGGGGAUUUACCCAAGGAACUGCACUGCCCUCUCUGCCUCUAUCACACCAAACACAAGAGCAACAUGAUUGACCACAUUGUUCUGCACAGAGAAGAUCGUGUGGCUCCUCUGGAGAUCAGCCGCUCCAAGCUGUCGCGUCACCUAGAGGGCCUUGUGUUUCGCUGCCACAAGUGCACCUUCACAUGCUCAAGUGACCAUGCCCUGCAGCUCCAUCUGCAGAAGCAUGACGAGCUUAAGCCCUACCAGUGCCAGCUCUGCUACUAUGACAGCAGCCGCAGCAGCCAGCUAGAGGAGCACCUUCGCCUUGAGCACAAGGUUAUCCGUAACUUUGAGCUGAUGGGCCGAGUCAACCUGGACCAGCUGGAGAUGCUAAAUGAGCAAGAGAGCAGCGCAGAGGAGGAAGCUGAGAGCGAAAUUCUGGAGAUGGGGGCAGACGGAGAGGCCACCAUGCAGGUGGAGGAAGAGGAGGAGGACGAAGAGGUGGAGGAUGAUGACGACGAAGGAAUGGAAAUCAUUGAGAACAUGGUGGAUGACCAGGAGGAGACGGAUGACAAAGAUGGGGAGGAAAACAUCAGAGAGGACGGGGAAAAUGAGGCGGUGGAGGAAGAGGAGCAAGAAGAGGAAGAACUGCAGGAGGAGGAGGAAGAGGAAGAGGAACAAGAAGUCAAGGAGGUAGUGAAGGAAAACACUGUCCCGCAAGAAGUCCUUGCGUCUCCCAGCAGCACCAGCUCUGGGCCAAGCAGCGGAGAGAAGCGACUUCCCUGCGAGUUCUGUGGCCGCUGCUUCACCAACAGCCUAGAAUGGGAGAGGCAUGUCCUGCGACACGGCAUGGUGGUUAACAACACGCGCCUGGACACCGGCUCCACGUCAGCUACUGAGGCCUCUGCUCCGUCCUCCAGUGACUCCUUUGUUAAUGCGGACUCAGGACUGGACCUGGCCAGUAACGGCAAAGAGGAAGAAGAUCCCACUGAUCUCUCACUGACUAGUCAGAGCCAGUAUGUGGAGGACAAAGAAAUGCUUCACACCAAAACGGAUCAACAGUCUCCUUAAACUGAUUGCAGCGACUUCAUGCUUAAAACAAUUGGAAAAAUCAGCGCAGAAGCCUUUGGGAGGUUAGAAUUUAAAGAAAAGUGACUUUUAUCAGUUGGUGCAUUAGUAGAUUUUUUUUAGGUGUUACAUAUAAAUAUUAGGUUGUGCUGCAUAAAAAAACAUCUGAGCCCUUUUAAAUGGGCAGUCCCCUUGGACAGAACUUAAUAUAUUGGUAACCAAUAGUGAACAGAACUCUUUUAUCGCUGACAUUCUGGUCACAUCCACCAAGAAAGAUCCCUACCUUGAUGAAACCAAGCUAUUUAUGAAGAAUAUUGUCCAAAUCAAUAACUUAAAGUUAGCAUUUUAUUAUUUCAAGCAUCUUUUGCUUCCAGGUUUGGUGAAUUUUAUCUUUAAGCCAACGGCGGGUGAAAGAGAUAAACGUUUGCCCCACUGAACAGCGACCAGUUCUUACUCCUUGGUAAAAUUUGGGACUUUUUUUCAUCCUGUGUUAAAUGUGUGGGAAUAUUCCUUAGAAAGAAUGGCACCUUACCUAUGUUAGUAAAAAUCAAAAAGCAUCUUUUCCCCAUUUUAGAGAUUUUGAACAUUUUUUCCAGCCUUUGUAGCAAAUUGCUAUAAUCUAGGUCCCUUUAUAUUAUAUUAUACUGAGUAUAAGCCUUCAACCUGUGAUGCCCAGCUCCUUUAACCUUUACUUUUUGUUUGUCCUAUUUGUGAAAUUACACAACUCCCCGUUAUCCCUGUCAGAUUCAUGUUGUUAAUAGACCUAGAGAUAUGUUUCAAGUGUCAUAUCUGUAUUCAUGUCCAUUCAGAAAUGAGCUGCAACUGGCUUAAAAAUAAUGGCCUCUUGACAAAGGCUAAUUACACUUGUCUUUUCAGUGCUGAUUGUUGGAUUAGGUGUGUGCAACCACAUCUGCAGAGACCCAGACAACAUGAAUUGAAACACAGGUUUACUGGGUUACACCGUGCACAGAAUCAGACCACAGUGGGUUCAGACCUCAUCUGUGUUUUGAAACCAGUGCCUUACAAUAAAACUCCUCUACUGGCAAAUAUACUAUAUAUAGCUUAGAAUAACUACGUGCUUUAAUGAAACCUAGAGUUUUAAUACAAAUACACACGUAUAUAUCUAUGUUGCUCCCCCCCAGUUGAAGACAUUAUCCAACAACUAGUUCUACUUCUAUUGGUCAAACAUAGCAAACUCCUUGUACUUUUAAGAUCGGAAAGAUGCACAUCAGUCCAGUGACCCAAAGCGGCCUAAAGCCCCAUGGUCUCUGUGACCUUAGCGAUCAUUCAAAUUCUGCUCAGUCACUGCAGAUUUUGACUGCUCUCUUUGUUGUCUUGCAACAAGAAGUCUUACGCACUCUGUAUCACCUCUGCAGUAGAAUGUUUUCUGAGAGACAUGCACGAUGCAUCCGUCAGAUCUGGAGCCAGCUGAUGUAGUGUGUGUGUGCACCUCCGAUCUUUUAUUUUCUUAUGUUCUUGGUGAGCAAGGAUUGUCUGAGUCAGCUGCUUGGUGCGAUGCUUUUUGUUGCAACAGUUCAAUGGCAGAACCCUCAAUGGGCGCUGGUGCUACCGAGGCGCCUGCAGAAAUCACUCAGGACUCUGCGCCCACUGCGAUGGUCAUCAUCACCAUCAUCUCACCACAGAGGUUUUGUGAGCAGGGUUUUUGAUACACACCAGAAGACUUCUUCUAGAUCCUGCAGGGAACAUUCCACAUUCUGGCUGAUUUGGAGUAUCAUAGUCCAGUCUUAGAGUAGUGAGAGCUGGUCUAAUGCAUCCUCAACUAUUAUUUUCUAAGCUUUGGUAACAAACAUCAACAGUCAGAUUUCCAUUGUCAUGUUUAUUGAUACAGUUGGCUGAAAUAUAGGUGGUAAGGCUUAGACACAUUAACAUUCAGGAGAGUUACACCCAGACAAUACCGUUCAUUAAAAAAUGGAAUUUGCAAUCUUAAGUCUUUUUUUAAAGACUUAGAUUCAAUUCUAGAGAAUAAAAGAGACAUUUUCUGCAACAUUAUGUCCGUUUGGGCUUUCAUUAGCAGUCAGUUUUUCUUCUUUUAGAAGACUAAAAAGUAAACUUUUUUUUGAUAAUUGGCUUGCAAAUCCUUAAAAAUCAUAUAAUAAAUUUAGGGUGGAAGCAGUUUCUGUUCUGGUUUGGAAAGAAAAAUCACAGAAAAGACAAGUGUAAGCAAAGCAGAAAGUUCCAGAUACACAUAUACCUGACUUUUUAUGAGGUAAAAGAAAUACUGUUAAACUCUUAUUCUGUGUUGAUAAACAUGUAGUAGUCCACAUUUGUGUGCUGUUUUUUUUUUUUUUUACGAUGGUUUAUCUUGUUGAUCUUGAAAAAAAGCAGAGAUUGUAUUUGUUGGAAGUUGCUGCUUAAAUGCCCUGAAGCCUUAUGAGACAAUGAUUCUGUUCAAUUCGUGUCUAAUUUGAGCAAAACCGACAGGAAACGGUGAACAAUCUGUGAUUUAAAAAAAACAGCGGAUACUCGGUACCAAAAUAUUUAUGAAGCCUGCUGUGUUUGCUGCUGUACUUGUCUUUUUAUUAUGAUUAUUAUUAUUAUUAUUAUUUGCAUUGAACUGUCAAUGGAGAUGGUGAAUUCUAGGUUUGGACCUCGGAAUCCUUGGAUUAUAGUUCAACAUGUAGGAACCCAGGAAAGCUACAUAUUUGCAGCCAUGUAUAGAAAACAAAACUCCUUGUUAAGUGUGUGAACUGUGGUGUUUCAGAACGGAUUAAUCCACCCUGUUUUCCUUUGGGUGUUUUUUUUAAAUUAUUAUUAUUAUUUUUCAGGGGAAGAAAAAAAAUUAAGAUAACCUUUAGAGACUUUUGAAUCUCAAUUCCAACGUUAUCGAGCUGUUGUACAACGUCUAGUUGCUUUUUUUGUGCAGCAAAGGAGUAGAAAGGAAGCAUAAAAGGAAACUUAUGCAGUUCUCAAUAAUCGGGCAGGGAUGUUAUUGUGGCGAAUGAAGAGAUGACGCACGCAAUAGUUCAUUUGGAAGCACGAACUGCUUGGUUCUCUUUCGAGCUUUGCCACCAUAUGGGUUUUUAGUCGACCUAUAGAUGUAGCUGGUCCAUGUCUCCAAAAUCGUGUCGCUCCACUGUAUUCUCUUGGUUAACAGAAAUGGUGACGACUUGUUUAGACCACGUCUACCUGCUCAUAAUCUCAUAAUCUUUCCAGUCAACAAGAAGUGAAGAAAGCAGCCCUUAUCUGCUCCUCAGUUCCUGAAAUAACUUAAAUCCAGUUGAGUUGGUGCUCAAUUUUAAAAGCUGUUUUCCCAUUUUGCAGAACAAACUUGUCUCCCUUCCCAGAAGGGAAAAGCCCGUUGAAAGUAGUUGUUGUAGGAAUACAGUUUUUAUUGCCCAGCCCGGUGUAAACCAGAGGAUGAGUCUGGACAAGUGUUUCCAUGAAGCUGUCGGCCUGGUAUAGUUUGUUGUUCCGUGAUGAUCUUUGAUGAAUCCUUCACUGUGUUCAGGAUCCAGACUGUAAAAAUCCCCAGUUUACCAAAUGUUCCUGCCCCUGCUGAAGACACACUGGAUACUUGUAUAUAUGUUUAGUUUGUUUCAAAAGCAUUUCUCUUUUCAGACUGUUGUCUCCAUAGUUUGAAACUAGAAUCUCUCCUUGCCUUUUUUUUCCUAUAUACAUCUGAUUACCUGAUGGUGGGUUGUGAUGUUGCCUAGAAUGAUUGUUUACAAUUUUAUUCCAUUUAUCUCUGGAUAUUCUGUAAAUAUUGUAAUUCAUUGUCUUUUUUUAACUUGAUAAUAAAGUUAUCAGAAUACUGAA